AUGGGUACUCUUAAAUACCACGUCCUCAUUCUUCUUGGCUUACUUGCCAUGACAUCAUUUGCAACUAUCACCAACAACAUGACAGACCUCGAGAAACCACUCACCAACGAAACCAACGGCGACGGCGGCGGCGGCGACGGUGCAAAUCGGACCCAAGUCCUGCGCGAAAAAUGGAUCAGAAAACUAAACUUGACUUCCGAAAGCCCAAAUACCGAUAUGAUGGACGACGAUCCAGAACUCGACAAAGAUCCCGCACUCGUCGAAGUCUCCUGUAUUGUUGGAUCCAUCUGUGAGUUGAAGUCCAAUCAUUGGAAUGGAUCUGAUUUCGAAAACUCGACGCUUUCAUUCACCGCUCUCCAUGGAAGUCACCUCUGGAUGUACGAGACCGACAAUAAUACCAUCUCUGGUGUGCCAAGAUAUGUGGGCAGAUUCUACUACAUCAUAGGUGUCCAACGAUCUUCUGGAGAAUCCAAAGAAUAUCCGUUCGUCGUCAACGUGACAGAGAUUACCAUUCCCAACCACAAAUUUUUGAUUCUUCUGGCUCUCCCAACACCGUUCUACUUUACCGAGUUUCCCGAAUACGUUGGCCAGUUUCUCAAAGAUGUCGCCAGAGCUAUCAACGCGUCUUAUUCUGAACUUGCUGUGAAGAAGAUCAAAGCUUUCAGGAACACCACUCUCAUUAUGUUCUACAACACAACUAUUGCAUCUCGUCGUUGCUUGAAUCACGAAAUCGACGCCAUGACGGCAAAGAUGGUGGACAAGAACGAAGUUCCAAAUUCAGAAUUUGUGAAAGCGAUGGGACCUCGAUAUUCAAUUCGUCAUGUCUCUCUUGGACUGAUCAAAAGUUGCCAUGACAGUUUGGAGACUAGUCUAUCAACCACUCCAGAAGUUUCCACGUCUACAGAAGUCCCAUCGACCACUUCUCCAAGCACUGGAUUCUCCUACUCUACUUUCGUUGACUUCGUCAUUCUCGUGGCUGUCAUUGCUUUCAUCGUGGUCGCCUUUGAAUGCUGGAAGUUUUGCUAUAGAUGCGGAAAGCCGAUCAAUCGUCAGGUGAUGCGGAUGUCUCAGCUCGUCGACCAUAGCAUCUUGGAAAUUGACAACCCAGCGUUUGCUAUCAGCCAGAACGAACAAGCUCUUACCACUGACAAUGGAGAACUACCAACGAUGGAAAAUACUACCGCCUGA